UGUGGUGUGCGUCGUCAGUGUUAUUCGCUUCUGUGAACGAGCAGAACGUCCGAGCGCAGGGAGUUGUGCAUCCGGUGGUGGUGAUGGUGCUGCGCUGCGCGCUGUGGUUUGCUUGUACCACGGAAAAAGUAUCGAUCCACGCGUGUGUAUCGCGGAAGGAGUGCGUUUCUUUUGUGUACGCGGAGCCAAGUUUUUGGUGCAUCUCCGAUACAAAAGUUUAAUGCAAAGGUGUUUUUUUGUUGUUGUUUUGGGUGUACAGUGAAUGCACACAAGGGCGGAGGAGGAUGUGCCGGGAGUGUGUUGAAAUCUAAAAGUAAAGAUCCCAGUGCCGGAGUGAGUGAGUGAGACAGUGAAGUAUCAACGUUCUGCGCAACCCCUUUUUGUGUGGUGCCGCAGCGCCAGCAGGGAGAGUGUGUGAAAGAAGUGUUUCUGUUCUGUGUACAAGAGCGGGGAAAAGCCGUGAAGACGUGUUUUUCCAGCAAACCAGCAACGUGUGUGUUUGUUGACGUGUACUAUACCCACCCCGGGCAAAAUCAGAAGUAAACGUUUCAGAAGCAGACGCCCAAGAAAAGCGGCCCCAAUAUACUAUUGCUUGAUGCACGGGUAGAGGCAUCCGAAAAGUGUUCCUCCUGCUGCUUGUACUUGCACGAAAGGACGACAGGAGAAGCGAGGAAACAAUCCAACCAUAGCACUGCCUACUGCCUGUGUGUGUACCUUGUGCGACAUCGCUCGUGAUUGCAAGGAACACGGAUUUGGCGGUCACAAUCCAGUCGUCGCUACGCCAGCCCAGAGAACGGAGAAGGCGAAAGGAACGAUCCUCGUCCUGCUACAGGACGCAGGAGAAGGUGGAGGAGAACAGGAAGCCGCGUGGUAGCCGCGUGUCGCACAGCCUGCUCUGCGCAGCUGCACUGGCAACACCAGCAGCAUGAUGGCCGAUACGUCCACCAACAACGGUGGUGUGGCCGCCGGGUCGCCCUCGGUGGUGGGCGGUGGCAGCGGCGGUGCCCUCGACCCGAACGUCAUCCCCCAGUGGAAGAAGGAGCUGAUCCAGCGGCGCAAGAACCUGGCCAAAACGAUCGGUGCCGUCGCGACACAGGUGCACGAUUCGGCGUCGACCGUAGCGGCGGCUAUAUCGGCUUCCGGCUCGUCGCCGGUGCUGGCCCAUCCGCGCACACCGACCGGUGGGUUCCCCGUGGGCAGUCCGUUCUAUGCCGGAACGAAAGAAAAUCAACCCACAAACACAAGCACCCCGCUCGAUGGUACAGUGCCCGACAGCGAAACUGAGCACGAUAGCCACGGCACCGCAGUGCAAACCGUAGACAGCAGUAAUGAUUCCCUUCCACCUUCCGUUAAUGCUCACACAGCAGCAGCAGCAGCAGCAGCAGCAGCUGUAACAUCCCCCACAACAGCCCCCGGUUCGUUCAUGGGAGUUCAUUUCGCGGCGAAUGAACAUCUGCAGCAGCAACACCACCAACACCAGCAGCAGGCGCGCGGCGUCGGCAGUAGUAGUGUUGGUGUGCUGCGUGCCAGCGAAGCCGUAGCAGUGGUGGUGCAGCCGUCCUCGUCGGCAAGUGGAUCAUCGCCAACGUCGGUCCCGACGGCUAACGGAGCUCAUUCGCAUUCCAAUGCCGGUUCGGAACACAGCGGCAGUAGUGCUGCCAUCGCAACGAACCGCACGGGCUCCUCCGGCACCAAUAGCAGCGUGAUCGCCGAGCGUGAAAGUUCGUCCACCGUGUGCAGUAGUGGCGGUCCAGGUACGCAUACGACCAGUGGCAUUGGCAGUGGCAGCAGCAGCAGCAGCACCAGCGUCAAAUCAUUGGUGUCCGGUGCGAACGGUUCAGCGCAGCAGCAGCAGCAGCACGGUAACGCGAGGGAGGGCGGCGUCGCAGCCAGGAAGAUGGUCGCAGCCACGGCCGCGGAGGAGAUCGUCGUCGUCUACGAAAAGAGUUCCGUGCUCGGUGGCCUGGCAGAUGCAACUGGCGGUGGUGGUGGCGGCAUCGGUGGUGGCGGCGUUGGCGCGGGCGGUAUCACUGCGAUCGGCGAUGCCGGUGAGGAGCUAAAGUACGGGCCAGGUAUUGUGUCACGGUUGCGCUGCCGCUACCUGAGUCUGGCCCUGCGCCAGUCCGUCGCGAAGCAGCGCCCGUCGCUGAACAGUAUGCGCCGUGCGACCAGCCUCAACAACCUGCUGGACGAGGAGAGCGAAGAUCUGAGCGAACGGGAACAGUCGAUCGGCAGCGAGGGUACGGGCCAGGGUGGUGGACCGCAUCAACAGCAGCAGCAGCAGCAGAAGAAAUAUCAAUCGCAGAAUUAUCACUACCAACACCACCAACAGCAGCAGCAGCAGCAUCGCGAACAGUACGCCAACGAAAACGGCAACAAUCAUAACCAUAACCAUCAGCAGCAGCAGCUUCAUCCAACGGUAGUUCUGCAGCCACCGUACCAGAAGCAGCCGCAGCACCAUUUCGCCCCGAAACAACAGCCGUGGAUUCAGCAGCAGCAGCAGCUGCACAAGGAGGAGGAGGGUGGUGGUGCGGUCAAGGUGGCACCGUUUCUGCGCGGCGUGCAAAACAGUUAUACGCGAGCGAGCCGCCAGGUGGAGAAGAAGAACGAGUACAAUCGCUACACCAAGCAUCAUCGCGGUGCUGGCGGUGCCGACGCGGUCCUGCUCAAGCGUGCUCGCUCAGUCGAGGCUCUGGUGCGCUACGAUCACAAGGCCUGGGAGCGGGACGGCGUUAGCCCAGUCGUCGGACCAGCAGCAGCAGCAGCAGCAGUAACAACAACGGCAGCAGCAGCAGCAGUCGCAGCAGCCCCAACGCCGGCGGCCCUUGCCGUGUCGCCCACUGCCGAGGUGGGCAGCAAUGUGAUCAUACUGGACGAGAUCGCACAGGCACCGACGACAGCACAGGCGACAGUACUGCCAGCUGGCGGUGGCAGCGAGGGGCACGCUACGACCAACGGUAUUUCCAGUUCGGUCUCACCGACCGCCACGAUGCUGAUGAACGGUGGCAAGGGUGGCGCCGCUGGUGGUGGCACUGCUGCCACACCGACCGAGCUGCCGCUGCUGGUCAGCGAUUGCGUGACGAUCGAGGAGAAGAUCAUCAACGGGCGCGAGAAGGGCGACCCGAAACCGAAGCGGCUGACCUCGAUCAUCGACGCUGACGAGCGGCCACCGCCGGACGUGGUCAAGCAGACGAUGAAGAUCUUCGAGGCGAACGCGAACCGGCGCGGUGGACGGGGCGUUAACGGGUCCACCAAUGGUGGUUCCGACGUGGCGACCAAGGUGGCCAGCUACCGAUCGAUCAUCAUCUCCGGAUCGGCGACGGCCGGGGCCACCACGGCGGCGGCUGCCGUCGGGCCGGGCGAGAAACCACCCAUCACCCAUCCGAAGCCACCGCUCAGUCCCAAAAAGCCAAAUAUCAUGCCGCGCACCGCUAGUCCGAAGCAGCAGCAGCAGCAGCAGCCGCAUCAGGUCACCGCCGCUAAGCCUCCGCCAACUCCCAAAUCGCUCGAAGCUGUCAACAACCUCAAGAAUGCACCGGCAACAGCAGCACCAAUCGUCGCCGUCAAAAACAAUAACAAAGCACCAAUCGGUGGAGGAGGAGGCGGUGCGACGAGUGAGUCAACACCACCGUCUCCACCAGCCCGCAGUAAACAUACGGCCGCAGCACUUAACGGUGUUGGUAUUGGUGUUGCCGUCUCGAAGAACAUGCAAAGCAACGGGGGUGACGACGACGACGGUACGCAAUCUGCCGACCCGACGGCGGACGCGAAGACGACGAACGCACUCAAGAACGGCGUAGGUACGGUGCGCGAUCACCACCAACACCACGACAGCAACAGCAGCAGCAGCAGUAACGGCACGACACAGACAGCGGCAGCCGUAACGCCAUCGGCUAAGCAGUCGGCUCCAGGGUCAGACGGUGGCAACGGCGGCAGUGGCCACCAACACAAGCACAACGGCAAUACAGCACUGGAGGCAGCAGCAGUACCGAGCGCCGCGUCAUCGCCGACGACGGGAAUUUGCGAUUCGCCUUCGAUCCAGCAGCUCACGACCAAGCUCGGCAGUCUACAUCUGGCGACCUCUACGCCGACUGGCGCUGCGAACGGAUCCGCCGUCUCGGUACAGGAUCGCCGUAACCUCGAGUACGUAACGAGCGACGAGGAGGAGGACGACGACGAAGACGGCGAAGAAGGAAAGGGCGACAACGUGGACGGUGAGAACGAGCGUGGACGGCGCAGCAACAGCUCCCGGUCCUACCAGGUCAAUCCCGAAUCGAGCGAGAGCGAGGACGCACGCGACGGUGCGGCCAGUGGUGGCAGCGAGAACGACGCGGACGACGACGAGGAAGCUGAACUCGACGACGACGAGGAGCGUUCGGUGCGGAAGAUUUCACGCACCGCGAUGGAGAACAUUGCCCGCGCCGGUACUACGACGCAGUUCCGAUUCAAUGGCGCUGUCAAAUCGUACCUGCCCGGCGGUGCGAUGGGGAAGCCCGCCGCUCCCGCUCCGAGCACCAAGGCACCCGCGCCCCCGAUCCCGAUGUCCCGCGAGAGUCUCGCCGGCAAGGCUAACGGUGCUUCCACAGCAGCAGCGGUCCAGGCGAUCGAGGUCAGCGGGCGCCUGCCGCCAGAGGGCGCCGCAAACAACAGUGUAAAUGGUGUCGGUGGUGGUGGCAGUGCAAAACAACAUAGCAGUGGUUCUACCGGUGCGCUAUUGCAGCAGGGCGGUGUUGGCUCCGUUGGCUCGUCCACGGCACCAUCACCACCUUCCCUGACGCGGCGCGAGAUCGAGAAGAAUCAAAUCAAUCGCGAAAAGAGUGGUGAACCCGCGGUGCCAGCAGCAGCGGCGUCAUCCGGCACCAAUAGCAUUAACGGUAGUGUGGCCAGUGGUGGUGGUGUGCAAGUGGCAAGUGCGAAUAAUAAUAAUAAUAAUGCUAACAACGCGAAUUCUAGUGGCGCGAGUGGUGGUGGUGCGAAACAGACCAGUGCCGUCGACAGUACCACGUCGUUCGUGGCCAAAUGGGGUACCGGUGGGGUGGUGGGGACCGGUGUAGCGGCGGUGGCCACUGCUGGACAGUCGUCGCCCCUGGCCGGGCUGGUGCCGGUGCGCAAAAAGACGAAACCGCCGCCGAGCCACCAGCAGGAGGGCACCAACACGAUGGUGUUCAACUUUAGCGACCGCAAGGACGUGCCGGACUAUAUCGAGAACGAUGGUGUCAUCAUCCGGCCACGCCCGAGAGAGCUGCCCAAGCCUGGCGAGUCCGGUUUCGUGGUGUUGGGCGACCUAACCCUGGAAACGUCGACCGAUCCGGAUGAUGCGUGGGCCGCCGGUCCGCCAUCGCCGUGCAACGGUGAAUUCGCCAACGCCUACAUCGUGAUCAAUGGCAAAUCGAGCAUGAGAAACAAGACUAGUAGAAGUAAUAAUAAGUUCAAAAUUCAGUUCGACGAUUCGCUUACCUCCACGUACGAGUACCCGUCGGAAACGUCGCUGCUGGAGGAGACGAACGGGUUCGACGGUGUGGACAACGGGACGGACACGAACGGUGCCAGCGCCUUCGCCGACAACGGGCUCCUUUCGCACACGAACAAACUCCUCUCCUCGGUGCCACUUGGCUCUGCACCGUUCGCUAGCUAUACCCCAGUUAAAGCCGCCAUAGACACGACCUUCGAGCUGGGUGUGACCCGUACACCGUCCCCGUCGGCAGCAAGUACGGCCAGCAGCACAGGCUCGAACGGAAGCCUUACCUCCGCCUCGAACCACAGCAGCAAUAGUCAUCAUUCCGCCACAUCCGCCUCAUCCUCCGGCAUCAGCGAGAAGCAGCAUUUGCCGCACACUGUACCGAACGGUCAUCAUCAUCCGGUUGACCGAUCGAACAGCAACGGUCUGCACAGCAGCAACGGCCAUAGCGGAUCACCGGACGGUGGUGCCACCCUGCUCCUGAACGGCGCAACCGGCGCAGCCGACGGCGAUGCGCUGUUCAAUGGGGCAACGGGCGAACCGGAAAGCAUUCAGUACCUUAAGCCGGCCUCGGACGAACAGACGGUUAACUGGAGCCAGGGCACGCGCGUUACGGAUCUGCUGUUCUAAGGCAGGCACACACACACCUUCGCACACAGGGUCCAGCACACACAGACAGCCGACACACACACACACACAUACAUUUUGUACAGAGUUUAUGAUUUAGUUUUUAGUUGAAUCGAGCUGCAGACGACAGCACACACACACACACACACACACAGUGUAUUAGUGUAGCGCGAGGACAAGCAUAGCGGCUCCUCCAUCAAGCGAAGAUCGCAGAUCGCCACAUCCGGUUCUCUGUCGGUUUGUGUGCCGAACCGAUACAUAUACAUAGUUUCUUUUGGGUUUUUUUUUUUCAUUGGCAAAAAUCGACUUGGAGCAGCGCUCGUGUCGAUGCUUUCCCGGGGUGGAAACAGUUUCAGUCUAAAAUUGCAAAUUUUCCACCAUUUUAAGUCCAUUAGCUGUGUGUCCAUUAGUCCAUUAGCUGGGGCGCACGGGACAAGUGGGCGAGUGUCGCUUGGCAGUUGUACUCUUUUGUAGUUGUCUGUAAUUGAACAAAUAACAUGAAGAACAUUCCAUUCAUUGCAGUUUUAUGAAUUUUUCUCUUUCUUUUCUGGAUUAUUGUGUUUGGAGUUAUAUCCACACAGCCCUACUUAAAGAGAGGAUGAACACGUGUGCCGUGUGCCGUCAAGAAAAAAGUGGCCAAAAAUCACACACACCCACACAUACCAUUAACACAAUGAACUUCCUUCUUUAGUCACCGUCCGUUGUGACAUCAUCAUAUGAACUUAGUAGAGAGAUUGGGAGCGCGAGAAUACAGAAAUUAUAGACACGCUGUUACGCUUUUGUAUAGCGAUCGAGGACGUUUUCCUGCUGCCCGUUGCUUACACACUUCGAACGAGGAACAACGCAAGGCAAAAGUCAAAGGGAAAUAUACUAAAGUUAAAACACACAUUCCUCGGAUAUCGGUAGCUGUGCCUGUGCCGGGUACAUUUAGCAGUCGUACGCACGACGUCUUUUCUUCUCCUUUUUGGUUUGCUGCUUGGCGGAAUGUGAAAAGAGAGCAAGAGAGAGCCAUGCAAAAUGCAAAACGAAAAAAAAAAAAAUGAACACACAGCUUAGCACGAAACACUACAACGCUAUUGUGAUUGGUCGUAUCGCCCUGUUUUACGGUAAGAAAGCGGCAAACGCUUAAGGGCGGAGGUAAGAUAAAGAGCGUGUAGCGUGUAUCCUUCGUAGAAGUGAGAGCAAAACAAGAGUUUAGGGAGGAUGUAAGAAGUACUACUGCUACACUAUCACUACUCGUAACUCGUAUUACUGCUAUCAUUAUAUUAUAACUAUUAUUAUUGUGAAAAUUUAUACGGAAAAGGAAGGAAGUUGCGCAAACCAGCUCGAUGUUGCCGUGCGCCAAUGAUGGAAAUGAUUGAUGUCUCUGCGAUAGGCAGGAUAGGUUAAGGGUUUUGCUCUUUUUAAGGAUUGGAAAUGUAUAGAACACAGCGAAAAGAAGAAUGCGCCAAAAUGUAUGGAACCGCUUUGGGACAUAAAAACACACGCACGCGCACGCUAAUUUGCAAUAUCUGGUAACAGUGCAGAUGAAAAGGGAGGAAAGGAACGUAAAAAAAAAACAGACCGCAAAUAUCAGCUGCGUGUGCAUCAUGCUGCUGUGUUGCGCUUACCUAUUUGAUGCCACAAUUAUCCAUAUUACAUUUUACAUUGCAACGUGCGAUGUUUGUAUGGCUUUUGUUAACGUACGUGGAUUUAUAAACCGAGAGUAAAAAUGUGUUUCGGAAACGAUAUGAUAAGAGGACGAUCCCCUCUCCACGAUCGACACGUGCGUGCAGUGGUUGUGUAGUGUGUGUGGGCGCGCCCUUUUUAGCAGUUAGCAGCAGCAGCAGCAGCAGCAACAGUAGUAGUAGCACCGUUUUGCAUAUGAACAUGUGAUUAAGCUUAGGAAUUAGAAAAGACAAGUGAUGCAGAGGGAGUUUACGUUUUUGUUCGUUGACUUGCAAACUGUAGCAACACGACCAACGAGACACACACGGGGCGUCUCUGAUGAUGAUCGGUGCUAGUUGUAA